AUGCCUAGUAACUAUCAGGCAACCCAGAACGUCCCAGCUAUAGGAUUAUUAUCCACACUAAGUUUGUUGCAAACUGAAUCGACAAUUCAAAAAUCGGCGCGGGGACCAUCCUCCAAACCGCUGACUAAGCCAACCGAUGACGAUGGAGUGAAACAGAAUUUGGUGACUGGAGCACGAGCAUCCAAAUUGGCCAAGUACGAGACCCUCGGUUUCCGAAUUCAUAACACCGCCGCCGGGAGCAGCAACAGCGGAGCUGAAACCCGGUUGAUCCUGCGGCCGCAAACCGCUCCGAGCGAUCUCUAUCCAGUCUAUCGAUUUUAUAGUCCAGUUGCUAGAGCAUAUUUGACCGCAUCUGAAGAGGAUCGUCUGAUAACGGCCAGCAUCAAAAAUCCAUUCAGCGCGUUAAUUGAAUGGGAAUGGAUCAGUGUGCCGACAUAUUCCGGCACCUAUAUGAGACAUGUUCAUUCCCAACGCUACUUAUGCUUCAAUAAAAACGGACGCCCUAUCUUGUUGAAAAACGCUUACUUCCCUCGAUGUUUGUUACGAAUCAACGCGUUUGUGAACGUAUCCAGUAAAUUUCACAACUCCAUAUCACGGGAUCGAAUAAUGCCUGGUACCACACUCAACCUUCGCGGGACAAGAACUGUACCGAAAUCACAUAAAUCCGUGUCCAAUUCUCUCAGUCAUUCCAUCACGGUAAACGUUACCGAGCACAAACAUGGUCUAAAUCAUAACAGUACAGGUCUGAUCUCCGGUAAAUCCCACAGUGGCUCCAUCACUCGCGUGAAACAGAUCAGUCGUGAAGUGCCCCGAAUCGGUCCCGUGCCCGUACCGCAACUUGUCUGGAUCGGUACCGCGGCUCAUUUGCCACCUUGGCGAGUUCAAUUCUGUGCCAGUGGACUUCCAUUCACACAGCUGAAACCGGGACACGGUCGAUGUCCUUUUUUACACUUACCCCGACUAUCGGAGGUGUUUAUUUUGCAACCGAAAAUUUCAGCCAGAUGCAUGUCUGCUUGUCGAAUUCCGGAAGGAGUGAGAACGAAAAACGUAACCCAUGGUGGUGUUGAAAAAUGUCCGAAAGAAUGUUUACAGGAAGGCGUAUCUCACCUGAUGGGUAGUGGUAAAGUUUCCCGGGUGAACUUUACCGGUAUUUCGACCCCUCACUAG